CCCUGCAAAUACACACAAAGAUAACCGACCGGUUUACCACGUGUCCCGAUUUACGUACUCCCCAGCCAUCACGAAUCCCAAUCAGGUAAUCGCCCUGCUUGUCCGUCUCCCCCAAAACACCACCACACAGUAUCAUCCGCCGAUCGACUUCCCAACCAAGAUGCUCCUCACAACGUGCCAUCCCAAAGCAUGCCCUCCGUGCGCGAUACAUGGCCACAGAGGCCACUGUAGCCGUUAAUAGAUCGCCGGGCAUGAUGACAGCAGCUGGACGUCCAGCGUACCAGCAAUGGCCAAGCGACGAACCCAAGCACCGCCCUCUUGCAUAGCGGCCACCUGGAAGCGACGCCGCUGCGGCAUAUAAGAAGCAUUGAUAAAUAGAGGAGGCGGGCAUUUGGCACCUUCUCUUCUUCAUUCUUUCUUUAGAAAAAGGGCCUUCUUUUAAUUCCCAUCGGUAUUCCCCCUUGCCGCAGAACAUACACUCUUUCGCCACCGUACAUAACAUAACGAAUACACACAAUGAAGACUUCCGCUGCCAUCUUACUAUCGCUCAUCGCCGGCGGGGCCACUGCUGCAAACACCGUCAGCCCACGCCACUAUCCCAUCUACGAAGGCAACCGCGGCUUCGAGGAGACAGCCAACUUUUCCGAGUCGUCACGCCUGGAGGAACCCAAGCCCGACAAGAACGGCUGCUCCGAGGGCCAGCAGAUUGCCGUCCCGUCGUACAUCCAUCCCAAGGACAACCCGACAGCAUGGAAGCAGCUGAUUGCGUACGACAGAACCAAGGUCAGCAUCCUGGUGGCCAACGUUGUCAACGGCCCCAACGUCUCCAUCAACCAUGACUGGAGCACCACCAUCCACAACGCCUCCAUGGCGGGCAAGAAGGUCCUGGGUUACGUGCGCACGGGAUACCUUGGCCAAAACGCAAAUAACUUCACGACGCUCGACGGCGCGCGCGACAUGGAGUCGUGGGUGCAGCAGAUCCAAAAGGACGUCGACACGUGGUACUUCCAGUACGGCGAGAGCAUUGGCGGCAUCUUCUUUGACGAGGGCCUUCCCGAGUGCGGCCGCGACAACGAGUACGCCGACCUUUAUGCCCGCAUCAACAACUACACUAAGCGCAAGUAUCCGACUGCCUUUACCGCGCUGAACCCGGGCCUGGCUGUGCCUCGCUGCUACGAGAGCACCAUGGACACCCUCAUGACGUAUGAGAACUCGUACGACACGUACAUCAACAAGUAUGUGCCCAACAACUGGACCGCCACGGACCCCUACAAGAUCUGGCACGUUGUCUACGGCGUCCCUGAGCACGAGGUCAAGCGUGUCACUGAUCUUGCCUGCGAGCGUGGUGCUGGCCUUGUCCAAGUCACCGACGGUAUUCAGCCCAACCCCUACAACACCCUGCCCAAGGACGGUUACAUGAGAAAGCUCAUGGAUUCCGUUGCUGGCGGUGAUCCUCUCAUUGGCUCUCCCCCAUCGUCUCUCCGUGUCCGUGCCGAGAACAAGAAGACCAAGUGCCUUCGCUCGCCGUCCACUGGCGGUGCCAGUGCUGCUUCGUUUAGCGCAUUCGCUGCCAUCCUCGCUGCCGUCAUUGCUCUGUAG